AUGGAAAACCUGACGCCAGAACAAUGGCGCGAGAUUAUGAACAAGAAGAUGCGAUUCCCUCCGGAACUCAUCAGUGCCAUUCAGGAGGGGAAAAUAGAGCGGCUGUGCGGACUGCUGAAGACCGGUGACGGCAUCAUCCGUCAGCUGGAUGAGUCGGAGGACCGCCAGUGGAGGGAGGCCCUCAACCUGUCCAUCCGCCUGGGCAACGAGAGCUGCAUGGACACCCUCCUGCAGGGGGUCAAGUUUGACUUCCGGCAGAUUCACGAGGCCCUGCUGGUCGCCGUGGACACCAAUCAGCCCAGAGUGGUGAAGCGCCUGCUGGACCGCCUGGACCAGGAGAAAGGCAACAAGAUGGAUGUGCGCUCUUUCUCUCAGGCCAUCUUUGACCACUCUAUUGACAACUCCCAGUUUGCCCCUGGUGUGACUCCUCUGACCUUGGCAUGCCAGAAAGACCUGUACGAUAUCGUCACCAUGCUCACCCAAAAAGGUCACAUCAUCCCAUUGCCACACAAGAUAUCCUGCGCCUGUCUGGAGUGUCGUAACGGUCGGCAGUAUGACCUGUUGAAGUUCUCCUUGUCUCGCAUCAACACCUACCGCGGCAUUGCCAGCCGAGCCUACCUGUCCAUUACCUCUGAUGACGCCAUGCUCAGAGCGUUCAGUCUCAGCAGAGAGCUCCGUAAGCUCUCACAAAAAGAGCCAGAGUUCAAGCCUCAGUACCUGGGCCUGGAGGAGCUUUGUCAGGAGUUUGCCGUUGAGUUGCUGGGCAUGUGUCGCAACCAGAGCGAGGUGACCACCAUCCUGAACAGCUGCGGAGACGAUAGCCAGGACUCCCUAGAGGAGCAGGCCUUUGAGGCGGGAAUCCCCAACCUCUCACGUCUGCGACUCGCCGUCAACUACAACCAGAAGCAGUUCGUGGCCCACCCAAUCUGCCAGCAGGUGCUGUCAUCUAUCUGGUGUGGGCACCUGUCAGGCUGGAGAGGCAGCAGGACGGCCUGGAAGCUGUUUGUCUCUGUGGGGAUCUUUUUCACCAUGCCACUCCUCUGCCUCGUCUACUGGAUCGCACCCAAGUCAAAGGGAGGAAAGCUGCUAAAGAUUCCUGUGAUCAGGUUCCUCCUCCACUCAGCCUCCUAUCUGUGGUUUCUCAUCACGUUACUCGGAGAAUCAAUAACAAUGGAGAUGUAUCGAGACAAGUUUGCUUCCCGGCAGCAGAACAUCCUGCACAGCUCCUUCCACAUGGUGUGGGUGGUCGGAUUCUUCUGGUACGAGUGCAAGGAAGUGUGGAUCGAGGGGCUGCGGAGCUACUUCCUGGACUGGUGGAACUGCUUGGACGUGAUGGUGCUCAGCAUGUACCUGGCGUCCUUCGCGUUGCGUGUGCUCAUCGCGCUCAAAGGUUACUUCCUGUGCCAUGAUCAUAGCGGCACAGAAGAGUGCAUCUACUUCACCCAGACUGUGCGCGAGAACUGGCAUCAGGAGGACCCCCAGCUGAUCUCUGAGGUGCUGUUUGCAGUGACCAGCAUGUUGAGCUUCACACGGCUGGCGUUCAUCCUCCCAGCGCACGAGUCUCUGGGAACUCUGCAGAUCUCGAUAGGGAAGAUGAUUGACGAUAUGAUGAGAUUUAUGUUUAUAUUGAUGAUCAUUGGAACAGCCUUCCUUUGUGGCAUCAACAAUGUCUACGUUCCUUAUGUCAUCUCUCCACAUCUUGGCAGGUUUAAUGAGACGUUCCACUUCUUAUUCUGGACCAUGUUCGGCGUGGCCAACCAGGACUACGUGGACAUGCCGCAGUUUGUGUUGGCAGAGUUCGUGGGAAGGAUCCUGUACGGCAUCUUCACGCUCGUCAUUGUCAUCGUCCUGCUCAACAUGCUCAUUGCUAUGAUCACCAACACCUUUCAGAAAAUUGAGGACGAUGCAGAUGUCGAGUGGAAAUUUGCCAGGUCGAAGCUGUACCUCAGUUACUUCAGGGAGGGCCUCACCAUGCCUGUGCCCUUCAACAUCAUCCCCUCACCCAAAGCUUUCUUUUACAUCUUAAGGGGUAUCUUUAGACGAAUCUGCUGCUGCUGCACUUGUAAUUCUGAGAGCAAAUAUCCCCCUAUAGACUCUGUGACCAAUGGUAAGGGAUCUGAAGGCGACCAGUUACCUUACCGGCAGCAGGUGAGCAGAGCUCUGGUCCAACGCUACAUUGAGUCAGCACGCAGGGAGUUUGAGGAGACCAAGAGGAAAGAUAUCGGCAAUCGGAUCACUUUGCUGACCAAAACCGUCAGCAGGAUGCACAGUGAUAUGAAAGUACUCCAGCAGGUUUUGAUGGACGAUGGACACACUGCAGGCGACGCAUCGACCAAGGAUGGCUCCUCCUUUCUGGGGAAAUACAUCAUCGGUGCCAAGAACAAUUUCAUAGGUUUUAACAGCAGACAAGAUGAGAAAAAUGCGUCACCUAAAGUGACAGUGCACAACGGAGAGGAAGGGGUGGAUAAAGAAAAGGUUGACUCGGAUACAAAACAGGAGUCAGCCGCACAACAGAAUCAGGUGGAUGAAUGUGGAGCAGAGAAGGUAACAGACUGGGAUGUGGUGAAAAUGGAGGAAGGUAGAGUUAAAGUAGAGCUAGGAGAUGAAGAAACUGAGAAUAAAGACAAGGUGGAAGCAGACAGAAAUGAAGUGAAAGAGGAGGUGGGGGCAGGUACGAGUUUGAAUCACGUAGGAGAAAAGCUAAAAGCUGAGGCCACACAAGAUGAGGCAGAAAAAAGGAGAGGAGGGAUACAAACGGGGGCAAAGGUGACAGAGACAACCCCCGAACUAGCUGAAAGCAUUAAAGUCAACAGUGAAAAGACGGACAUAAACAGAGUAGUAAACAAGUUCAAAGACAUAGAGCUGCAAGAAAAAAAAGUGGAGUCCAAAUGGAUGAUGGGUAGAAAGAUUGAGCAUAAUGUAGCAGAUAAGUCCAGUGUCAGGGAGAUGAAUGUGAAACCUGGAGCCAAGAAAACGAUUCCCUCGCCAACAGGCAGCAGCAGCUCUCAGGACACAGGCUUUGGUUCCCAAGAAGGGGAGGGAUCGAUUGACGGGAUGCUGGUGAGACCAUAACCAUAGUGAUGGCCCAUUUAAAAAGACCACACUGACUUUUUCAGGGUUUGGCUCUUUGGAAAUUUAGUCAAUAUCUAGAGGGAAAAAGCUCCAAAGUUUGUGAAUCUUGCACAUAAUUGCCCGUAAAACAGUCCUUUUUAUACUUUGUUUUUUGUACAGAUUAAACAAACAAGACAUAAAGUGCUAAUUAAUGAACUUUAGAGGUGUUGGUAGGAGGAUUUUGUUACCAUUGGACAGAGACAGUUUAGCUGUUUCCAGAUGUGCUAAGCUUACCUAAUCAGCUGCAGCUUCAUAUUUACUGUACAUAUACAGUAUGAUUGGUAUCUCAUCUAGCUUUACACCACAAUACAAAUAAGGGUAUUUCCCAAAAUGUUGAACAACUCCUUUAAUCCUAACCACUGACUGUGAGAAACUUUUCAUGUAGUGUAGCCAAUCGGUUUCCUGGCUAAGUGAUUACAUCAUGUGUGAAAUAAGUGAAAUGGUGUGUUCUUCGGGCAAAGAAAGUCUCAGAAGAGAGUUCUUCAGCUUUCUUCUUAACUUUUGGCAAAUGUUUUCUUUACUUCCCAAUCCUCUAAACACAUCAGAUUUAUGCAUUAAAAUAAAAGCAUUCAGCCAUAGAUCUGUUGCAAAUUAGAUUUUCUCAUUUUUAGAAUGAACGUUCUCAUAAUUACUUGCUGAGACCGAGAUAAUGUUGUUGCAACUCUUCUCAUCACAUGUUAAAAUGGCUUAUGGAUUUAACUAAAACAGCAUGUACCAGUACACCUUGAUCAGCAUCAGUAGCAGUAAAAUAGGGUUACAGUGCCUUACAGUUUCAAAAUACACUAAUUAAAAGUAGUGACCAUUUAAAGCUGAGGUAGGCAAUUUUGGAGAAACCAAUGAAAGAGUAAACUACAUUUUUAAAUUAUCCAAAGCCAUUCUCCCAAAAUACAUAAUUGUGCCGGCGGAGGCACAGAGGUCCCAAGGGACCGCCAGUACAAUAACCUUUUAUUUUGAUGUUGAUAAAAUGUACCCGAUUUCACGAAUAUGUAUGAUAUUAAUACGGACAUUUACGUAAUAUUACGUCACAUUGUCUGCUGCAUUAGCCAUGUGUUUACUACAUGGUUAUUUGCAUAUAGAGCGGGGAAGUGAGAUCAGAUCACAAGUGGUCACUCAAGACGCAUGUGGAGACGCAUUCUA